CAACAGAAAGCGGGCAAUGAGUCGAGUGAUAGCGAUAACAACGAGACGACUGUACGGCACAAACGAAGCCAAUCUCCCGACGAUUUGAUAGAUAAUGACGAUGAAAAUUGUGUCACAUUUCGUGAUGGGAAACGACAAAUUGAUCACAUACUGGUGUACGAGGAGUGGACUCAGGCCCGUAACGGCCGGUCCGACAAAUACCGGGAUAAAUAUAUCGCAAACUUACGCACAUUGGGUGUGGAAAUGGAGGAGAAUGUGGUACCCGUGCGACCGGCACCGGGAGACUCGACGGGACCGGGGGAUCGGUUUUUGCACUUUGUAAAAUUGUACGUACCAUUCCCGGUGAUGUGUACUUAUGCCGAGCAGCUCAGCCUACGGGCGCCACUACAAGGGUUGGCCAACCCAUCGGAGAAUUGGUCGGACAGUGUGUUUAAUGCGUUACGUAUAAGAAAUCCAAUGUAUGAAUACGUGCCCAAUAAACCACUGGAUUACUAUACCUGUGCGUUCAAAAAGAAUAAACUUGAUAAAUUUUUA